UUGACGCAGCUCUGUCUGUUCAGGAACUGUAGACGUACCGAAGCCGCAAAGAGCGGAGAAAUAUACCUGUUUAAAGAGAACACAACAAGCAGGUUGGUACAUGUAACCUGUUAAUGGAGGGCUGGUUCCAGUGAGAUGACUGACCAGGGCAACAACAACCAGAACAUCUCCAGCAACCCGUUUGCGGCCCUCUUCAGUUCUCUUGCCGAUGCCAAGCAAUUUGCUUCCGGCCAGAAACAGCUGGAGCACCCGGGGCUUCCCUCGGACGACUCGGUGGAAUCAGAGUCGGAGGACUCUGUGUCGGACAGCAUCGACGACUACGAUGACUCGGUCGCGGAGAUCAGCAGCUCCUUCCGCUCACGGCAGGAGCUGUGCGAGCAGCUCAAUGUUAACCACAUGAUCCAGAGGAUCUUUCUCAUCACACUUGAUAACAGUGACCCAAGUCUAAGAGGUGGUAAUGGGAUCCCACCCCGCUGUGUCUACUUGGAGGAGAUGGCAGCUGAUCUUGAUGGACAAGACUGGCUGGACAUGGAUAACAUUGAGCAGGCUCUUUUCAACAGGUUGCUACUUCCAGAGCCAGGGAAUCACCUCAUUUACAUGACCUCCAGCAGUGCGGUUAACUUGUCUGCUGAUCGAGAUGCUGGGGAGAGGUGUGCUGUGCCAUACCUAUAUGCCUGCUUUCAGAGAGCCAAGGAAGAGAUCACCAAGGUGCCAGAGAAGCUUCUCACAUACGCUGUACGCUGCAAGAACCUGACGGUGUCCAAUGCUCGCACUGUGCUGCUCACCCCAGAGAUCUAUGUCAGCCAGAAUGUUUAUGAGCAGCUCCUUGACUUGUUGUUGGAGGGGGUCAGUGGAGCACAACUGGAUGAUGUGCUGGAGUUUGUGGAAGAGGUUAUUGCCGCUCUUGUGGCUGACCAGGAAGUUCGCACCUUUGGGGAGGUCAUAGUGCCAGUCCUGGACAUCUUCCAGGGUCGCGUGAAAGACCUGGACCUCUGCACGCUUCUUCUGUAUUCCUACCUGGAUAUCUUGAUCUUUUUCAGUCGCCAGAAGGAUAUUGCUAAGGUGCUUUUGGAGCAUAUUCAGCCAAAAGAGCCCAACAAUGGACUGCAGUACCAGAAGACUGUCCUGGGCACUGUGUUGAACAUCUCCUGUCUGCUAAAGACCCCUGGGGUAGUGGAGAACCAUGGCUACUUUCUGAGCCCCUCCCGCUCCAGUCCGCAAGAAAUGAAGGUCCAGGAGUCCAACAUACACCAGUUCAUGGGCCAAUUUCAUGACAAGCUACACCAGGUCCUGAGGAACUUGUUGCAGCAGAGUGGUGACACACGCCACCUGCUACUCACCUGGCUGGGUGGAUGCCUACAUGCCAAUGCUGGACGUGCCAAGAUCUGGGCCAACCAGAUGCCUGAGGUCUUUUUGCAGACAUAUGCUUCCGAUGCCUUCUUCCUCAACCUGGGUGCAGCGUUGCUUCGGCUGUGCCAGCCCUUCUGCCGCCCACUGUCCCCCAAGCUGCUCACCUUUAACCCCACCUACUGUGCCCUGAAGGACUUGAGUGAGGAGGAGCGUCGGAACCGAAAUGUACAUGCCAGAGGACUGGACAAGGAGACAUGCCUAAUCCCUGCUCCCCCUCAGCAGCAGGUGGAAUUUGCACAGUCCUAUAACCUUCUUACAGAAAACCUCAUCCUCUGUCAGUCUGCCCUGCACCUAGGUUUCCACAGACUCCAUGACCAGAUGGUGAAGAUGAAUCAGUCCUUGCACCGGCUCCAGAGUUCAUGGCGGGAGGCACAGCACAGUGUGGGGCCAGCUGCUGAGCAGCUGCGUGAGCAGUUUGAACGUCUCAUGACUGCAUACCUGUCCACCAAGGCGGCUGCCACCCAGCCGGCCAUGCUUCAGUGCUGCCUCAGCCUGCAGGCCUCCACUGCUGCCCUGCUGGUACAGUUCAGUUUGGGUAACCAGGGCUCUGAGCAUGUCCCCCUCAGCUUCCCGCUGCUGCCUCUGCCGAGCAGUUUGCUGAGCUUCGUACCAGAAUUUUUCGCUGAGAACCUAGGAGACUUCUUCAUUUUUUUGCGCCGAUUUGCAGACGAGGUUCUGGAAUCUUUGCCAGAAUGUCUUGAGCAGGUUUUAAACUUCAUCACUGUUUUCAUGGGAAAUGUGGAGAGGAUGAAGAACCCCCACUUACGAGCCAAGUUAGCUGAGGUGUUGGAGGCGGUGAUGCCCCACCUAGAGCCAGCUCUGCCCGGCACGGUGCAACCCAUCAUGUUCCAGCGUCAGAGGGUCUUCUGCUCAUACUGCCAUGCUGCCUACCUGGCGGAGGCCCUCAUCACUGUUUUUGUGGACAUCGAGUUCACUGGUGAUCCUCACCAGUUUGAGCAGAAGUUCAACUAUCGUCGACCCAUGUACCCCAUUCUUAAGUAUAUGUGGGGGAAGGAUAAUUACAGGGAGAGCAUAAAGCACUUGGCUGACUAUGCCUCGGAAAACCUUGAGGCCAUGAACCCCCCUCUUUUCCUGAGGUUCCUCAAUCUGCUGAUGAAUGAUGCCAUUUUCCUGUUGGAUGAGGCUAUACAGUACCUGAGCAAGAUCAAGCUGCUACAACUGGAGAGGGAUCGAGGGGAAUGGGAGGGCCUCACCCCAGAGGCCCGCCGGGAGAAGGAGUCCAGCCUCCAGAUGUUUGGUCAACUGGCUCGUUUCCACAACAUUAUGUCCAAUGAGACCAUUGGCACUCUGGCGUUCCUUACGUCUGAAAUCAAGGGGCUGUUUGUCCAUCCCUUUUUGGCUGAGAGGAUCAUCUCCAUGCUCAACUAUUUCCUUCAGCAUCUGGUGGGCCCCAAGAUGGGUGCUCUGAAGGUGAAAGAUUUCAGCGAGUUUGACUUCAAGCCCCAACAGCUGGUGUCUGAUAUUUGCACCAUCUACCUCAACCUUGGUGACGAGGAAAACUUUUGUGCCUCUGUGCCAAAGGAUGGCCGCUCCUACUCCCCUACCCUCUUCUCUCAGAUCAUCAGAGUACUAAAGAAGAUCAACAAGCCUGGAGACAUGAUUGUGUCCUUCAGCCUUCUGGCAGACAAAAUAAAGUCACUUGCAGAUAGACAGCAGCAGGAAGAGGAGACCUACUCAGAUGCCCCGGAUGAGUUCCUCGACCCCAUCAUGUCCACUCUGAUGCUUGACCCUGUGUUGUUGCCUUCCUCUCGAAUCACCGUUGAUCGUUCCACUAUUGCACGCCACCUUCUCAGCGAUCAGACGGACCCCUUCAACCGCAGUCCUCUCACCAUGGACCAGGUUCGGUCUAAUGAGGAGCUGAAGCAGCAAAUCCGACAAUGGCUGACUGAGCGCAAGCAGGAGCGGUUGCAGUUGGGCCCCAGUGGUUAGCCUGCAACUUUAGAAGUAAAAACAGUUUUAAAAAAAAAAAAAAGAGGGUGAAACAGUUACUCCCACAGCCCACACCAUCUGCCAGCUUUAUGUCCUCUCGCUGGGCCACCACACAAAAUGAUGUGACAUUCUUGACUCUCAAAGACUUUUCUAGACCAGGGGACAGCAUCUUUCUUCGGUACAGCUUUGAGUGCACUUUUAGGAGCCUCCACCAUACAUAUCUUAGAAUGGACUGAGAGACAUUUGAAUUUUCAAGAAUGAAAUGGAAAGCCUGGAGCUGGUUGUAUGGGUUAGUGGAAGGUAGGAAGAAGAUAAAGAAUGUCAAACUGGACACACAUCACCCUGCUACAGUCCCUGCUGAAGGCUUGUCCUGUGAUUCAUUUAAAAGGCUGUAGUGCAGCAGGCCAGAAAUGAGGUUUGAGAUGUUUUGGAGAUUAUGUUCUAAGCAAAAUGGAGUGGAAUUAAUUUCUUUGGUUUCAGAAGUGACAUUUGUGGAUUAGUUUAAUCUUGAGUAGAUGUGCUGUCAGUCAUUCUGCCUAUCAACACACUGAGUCUGAUUAAUUAUAAAUAUAUUACAAUUUACAUAGCUCUUUUUCUGAAUAUUUUACAAUUGAGAGAGAAUGGUUUACAGAGUGUAUGCAGAAACCAUGGUCUUAUAAAUUAGUUACAUCCCAAAUUUAACAGCAUUUGCAGUUUUAUUCCCUAGUACAAAACACAUCAGAAUCUUUUUUUUUUUUUUUUAUAACCUUUAAUGAUAAAGGUGAUGUAGACAACAUAAAUGGAAUGAUGAAAGUGGAUAUCUAUUCCUUCUCAAACUUGUUACACAUCUAAACUGGAUACAGUACUUUUUUUUUUUUUUUGUGUGCAUCCAAGGUUAAGAUUUUUUUAAAAUAUUGUCAAAACUACAACUAUUUAAUGGUAUUUUUUCUAGAUAUAAGGAAAUGAGAGAAACAGCAGAAAUGUAGAUAAUUUUGUGUGACCUGUAGUGCAUCCAGAAUUUGUUGGUCAUGGGAAAUUCUACUUAAAAUUGACUCAAACUGUGUUAAGGGAUUCUUCUGCUAUUAAUUAUACUUCGUGUACAACUAAUGUUAAAUAACAUUUUUAAAAUAUAGAUAAAAUUAUUUUUUAGAUCUGCUUAUUUAGUUAUUCCUCACUUUUUCCAGUUUUCCCCUUUUCUAGCAAUUUCUAGAGCCUGGAGCUAAUGAUCCAAAAAAUAAAAGUCUAUUCUAAAUUCUCCAGCCUAAGCAGUCCAAUAAAACUCAUGUCCGUACAUUACUUCUGAUGUUACACUGUACUCAUAGUUCCCGUCAAAGCAUUUUUGAAUUGAUUUUCUUAAUGUCAUCUUUUUUUUUCAAGGUCUGUUUGUGGAAAGCCAUUUCCCUGAUUAUUUAAAUUGUGACCUGUUAAAAGACACAUCAGAUGCAUUGUACAGAAUUUAAUAAAUACAAGCAUGAUGUAGUUCACGGCUAACCUGUGAAAAUAGCAGUGAUACUUGCAUCUAAUGUUAUCAACCAGUUUUAAAUUAUAGGUAAGCCCUGUACAGGCUGUAACUCUGACAGUGUAACUGAGAAUGAGGGCGAUUCCACUUGAGUUAUUCAAGAGGAAAUCCCCCACUUUGUUCCUGCCUGCUAGAAUGUCUGGGGAUUUCAUACAGAAAUAUGCUUCUGCGUUAGCCCUUUCAUCCAAUGGCCUACACUGAUGUGCUUUGCUUGCCCUUUUUCUGCCUUCUUGGGUGUGUAGUGGCUCACAGAAUUAUGCUGCUGAAGUCUGAAGGUGAGGCAGACAAAGUUUAUACUGUAUGAAUGA